GCGUGUAUCUAGGCAAUGGUUUGGCAGAGUGUGGAUGCACGUGCGCCUGCGUGUGUGUGUGUGCCUCGAUUGCUUGCUCUCGCCGUUCGUGCAAUUAUCUCGCGACACCACGGAGCACAAACCUCGCAGGCCGUGGGAGAAAACGCUCGCUCGGCUAAGCUUCGAGCUCCAACCCUCCAACCCACUCUCCUCCUCCAUCCCUUCUCGUUUGCUAGCCACCAUUUUUGCUAGCGAUUACCAAGCAGAAAUCUGCGGUCGGCCUUACACUUAGGGUUCGUCUGCCUCCUGACUAUGCGUGGAAGUCGUCGAGAGUUGUCCCGAACCUCCUGCUGCACUUUCCAGAGACGCAGAAGAACGCGAUCUUCGAUUUCGGCGUGGUGUGGCUUUCCCCCAUCUCCUCCCCCAACCGCAGCAGCAGCUCACAUCGUCUGCUCGCGCAUGCGUGUGCGUAUGCACCUCUCGUGCAGGGAAUGCUGGCACCAGAGAAACACGAUGAGGGCGACGGCGUGGACGACUCUGAAGAAAGCGAGCUAUACCCGUGUAUGCCGGAGGAUCUCCAGACGGAGGAGCCCGAGUUUCGGAUCUCGCUCUUCGAGCUCUCCACGAGCACCGAGGCCGCUAAACGCGUCAUCAGGAAGCGGCUGCGACGCAAGAAGGCCCGGAUGAAGAUGACACGUAACAGCAUCCUGAAGCAGUCGCUGCGCAAGAUGAAGGAGACGUGCCAGAGCUGCGCAUGCUCCUGGACCUGCGCGCGCACCUACCUGCGCCGUUUCUUCCCUUUCGUCAGCAUCCUCAACGGCUACAGCGCCUUGUACGACCUGCCCUGUGAUCUCAUCGCCGGUCUCACCGUCGGCAUCAUGCACAUCCCGCAAGGUAUGGCUUAUGCCAUGCUGGCCCGCCUGCCCCCAGUGUAUGGAUUGUAUACAUCAUUCUAUCCAGUUCUUCUUUAUUUCUUCUUCGGAACCUCCAGACACAUUUCUGUCGGCACGUUCGCCGUGGUGAGUCUCAUGAUCGGCGCGGUGGUGGAUGAAGGCCAGAUGGCGUGGGGCGGCCAGCGACAGCAACAACCGCCACCGUUGUCCGCGGCGCUGAACGUGUCCUCGUCUCUCUACAACAGCAACGUCAGUCGUUCAGACUUGCCGGGGGUCGGUGUGGGGUCAGCCGGGGGCCAGCCACUGGCCUUCGACGGCGGGAAGAGCGAGCUGGAGGCCAUCAAGGUGUCCUACGCCAUGUCAGCCACCUUUGCUGUCGGCGUCCUGCAGAUCUUCCUAGGAAUGGUGCGACUCGGAUUUCUCACCACCUUCCUGUCGGAUCCUCUCAUCAGCGGCUUCACGACAGGUGCAGCAGUCCACGUGAUGUCCAGUCAACUGCACUCCAUCUUUGGGAUUCCUGUUGGCCAGUACAGCGGCGCCUUCAAACUUAUUUAUGGCUACCGGGACUUCUUCGGCAACCUGGACCAGAUCAACUAUGUCACCCUGACUGCCUCGGUGUCCGCCAUGCUGGUGCUGGUGCUUAUUCGAGACGGCAUCAACAACAACAAGAAGCACUUUCCCUGUAUGCGCGUGCCCAUACCCAUAGAGUUGCUUGUGAUAAUUGGCGCCGCCCUCUUGUCCUAUUACCUGCACCUGCACGAGGCAUUUAACGUGGAAGUCAUCGGUCAUAUUCCCAGAGGCUUGCCCAGUGUUGACCUGACCGUGCUGAGGUUUCUGCCCAAUGUGAUGGGCAAGUCCCUCGCCAUCUGCUUAACAGCCUUCGCCCUGUCCUUCGCCAUCGCCAAAAUUCUAGCUGACAAACACGACUAUGUUGUGGACCCUAAUCAGGAGUUGUUCGCACAUGGCAUGACCAACAUCGUCGGUUCUCUGUGCUCCAGCUACUGCAGCUCUGCGUCUCUCUCGCGCUCAGUGGUGCAGGAAGAAGUUGGAGCAAAAACUCAGAUUGCGAGCCUCAUCUCUGCUGUCCUCAUUCUUUUCGUACUUCUUGUUAUCGGCCCCUUGUUCAAGCCGCUGCCUAAUUGCAUACUUGCUGCAAUCAUCGUUGUAUCCUUGAAAAAGCUCUUCCUGCAGUUUUCAGAACUGAGAAGGCUGUGGAAAGUAUCCAAACUAGACUUUACGGUGUGGAUAGUUGUUUUCCUCAGCACAGUGCUCUUUGAUGUCGACCUGGGUCUUCUGAUUGGUCUCAUCUACAACCUGGUGCCAAUUCUUCUUCGCACACAGAGGCCUUACGUGUGUACCAUGGGCCACAUCAGAGGGACGGAGGUGUAUGCAGAUGUCCGUGUGCACAGAGAGGCUCAAGAAAUUGCCGGCAUCAAGAUCUUCCGUUUCGAGGCGCCGCUGUAUUUUGGUAAUGUCGACCACUUCCGGCGGAGCUUGGCGGCUGAAACUGGACUUGACCCCAAGGAGCUGAAGAUUGUUCACAAGGUUAUCAAGGAGACUGACCUUUCCUUGCACCACGAACAGGUGUGCCUGGGAUCCACUCAGGGUGUGACGAAGAGUUGCUGCGACGACCACAAAAACCUUCGCGACCUGAGGACGCCAUCACCAUCAAGUGGAAUCUACGCUAUCGUCAUUGAUGGCUCCACUUUCCAGUACAUCGACUCUGUCACAGCCCGGGUGCUGCGAGAGGUAAUCAAGGAGUAUGAGGCAGUUGGAAUAGGAGUGUUUCUAGGAGAGUGCAAACCGGCAGUUCGCGCCAUGCUGGAGAAGUCCGGCUUCUACGUGCACGUAGAACGACGUAAUGUGUGUGCGACCAUCCACCAUGCCGUGGUGCUGGCCCAGCAGACGGCGCUGUCGUCAUCACUGGAGAGUGUUUUGCCAGCAGAGGACGGCGCCUCUAGCAGCUUCGUCCGCCUGAACCUGGUGUCCACCGAGGAUGAGCACCACUCACACUAACGCUGGCCAUACUCUAGCAGCCAGGGGACUCCACUCUGCAGCAUUGCGGAAAGUGUGUAGCAGCGAGCAGGAGGGUAGAGGUCAUGGAUGGGGUCCACAGCAUUAUUUAGCCUAUGCAAAAGAGGCAGAAAAGAAGAGAGGAAGAGAGGAUUGUUUGGUAUGCUCUGUCUGGUAGCCUACGAGUUUGUCUAGUCAUCAAUGUGCGCCUGUUGACAAGGUGUCUAUGCCGAGAAAUAUUUGUGUGUGAGUGUCUACACUGGUCUCAAUAGUCACCUGAAAGUGUUACUGUCCCUGGGGAGGCUAUGGGGAGUAAGAGGUGAGGAAGGGAAUAUUAAAGCGUGUGUGGGUCCUUGUUUUAGUGUACUCCUCCUUUGCUGAUCUGUCUGCAAACUUGAAACUGUUUGUGAAGCUCUUGGCACAGAUAUCGUGAGUAGCACGACUUUGCUGAAACUUCCAAAGUCCACAUCAUAAUGAUCAACUCAUUACUCUACUGCCUCUGAACUUUGAGUCAGAAGGUAGACAUGCUAGUUGUGAGAGUUCUUCAGUCGGAGGGAUGUAUUGUAGUAAAUUCUAGUAGUUCCUCCCGUCCUCGCAGUUUACAUUAGUGGCUUCUGUAUGGCUAGCAGGGUACAUGGUGCAGGGUGAAAAAGUAAAACUCUGGAGCUGUGGAUGAUGAUCACUUGAUGUAAAAAAAGACUUACAGUAAAAAUAUGUAUCACACUAAAGAUUUAUACAACUGUUCUCAGUGGGUAAUGUCGACAACACUAAAGAUAAAUACAAUUUGUUAUUGUAAACAACAAAAAAGAUAUAUACAGUUGUUGACAUUUGGUAUUAUAUGCAUCAGAAAGGAUAUGUACAGAUUUAACACUCUAUCAUGUACUCUACAGUUGUUCACAGUUGGUAAAGAAAGCAUUUAUGACUGUUCACAUUUUGUAAUUAACACAACAGUAAAGAUAUGUAUAGCUGUUCACACUUGGUCACGAAGGUUUACAAUAAAAAGAAUAUGUACAAUUGGUAAUGUAAACAAUAAGAAAUCAUGUACAGUUGUUAAUAGCUUGUGAGAGCGUAUAAAACUGUUCAUGCUGUUGUGAUGUACAUAGCAAUAAAAGCAUGAACAGUG